AUGCCACUCCGCCUCGAGAGCGGCGCCCCCGUCGACCAUGGCGGCAGCUGGCCGUGGGCCGUCGCCUCCACCAACAAGCGCCUCAUCUCCGCCGUCGGCCGUGUCCUCGCCUCCAAGUCUGACGCUCCGCCAGGGCACGGCUUCGGCGCCCACAUCCACGCGCUGGUCAAGGUGCGCGACAAGCAGGGGCGCACCGCUCUCGAGGCCUCGACAGAGGGACCGCGCAAGGCAAUCUACUUGUACUUGCUCUUCUGCGGCCGCUACGAGCUCACCAUCGGAGCGCCCGAGCACCGCUCGGCGACCAGCGUCGUGCUGCGCGCGCUCGACCGCGGCGAGAAGACCGACUACGGCAAGGUCUUCGACGACGCGGACAAGGACGGGAGCGGCACGCUCGAACGGAAGGAGUUGGCCCCGGUUGCGGCGAGCAUCGGCUUGGACGCCGAGCUGUUCCUCCGCGCCGAGGACAAGAGCAUCGACCGCUCGAGCUUCGUCGGCAUCUGCAAGCAGCAGCUCGGCGACGGCCAGCGCUCGGUCGUGAUCAAGCUGAUGCAGGAGAAGGAGCAGUGGGAGCGCGAGCGGGACGCGCGCGCGAAGAACGAGCUCGUCUCGCGCUUCAUCGUGCAGCAGCUUCCCGGCUUGCCGUCCGACGACGAGAUCGCGGCGGCGGUGAUCGCGCGUGGCGGCGGGCUUCGCGCCAUCGCGCAGCAGUACCUGCCGGAGGGCAUCAGCUUGGGCACACGCGCCAUCAUCAUGGACGCCGCCGACCGCAACUUGCACCAGAUCUACCAGCAGGAGCGGCCGAACGUCAAUACCGUGCGAGUCUGCCUCGAGCAGGUCUUCGAGGCGGUGGCGCACUUGCACGCGAAGGGCCUGAUGCACGGCGACCUCAAGCUGCUCAACGUCGUCCGCUUCCGGCGCGACAACCGGCUGCGCCUCAUCGACUUUGACGCCGCCGCGAAGAUCGUGCCAGUGGGUGGCGAGGGCGAGUCGUACGCCGGCGCCAAGUUCUCCUCGUCCGUGCUGCCGCCCGAGAUGUUCCACGAGCUCAAGCAGGGCGAGGAAGAGGCGCUCGAGAUCUACUGGCAGGGGGAGAGCAAGGAGUUGCAGGCCAAGGUGGCGCCGAAGCUACACCGCCGGUCGGGCGCGUCGUUUGUCGUCAGCUCCUUCCGCACGACAGCGGGUGAGCCCGUGAUCGACAACUUGCCGUACCCGCUUGUUGAGGCGUCGGCCAAGAUCGAUGUGUGGUCGCUCGGUGCGCUCGCUUACAUGCUCUUGGCGGGUGAGCCGCUCGUGCCGUCGACCCGCGACGACGACUGCGCCUCGGGGGCGGCGAUGCGCGUGCUGCACGCGUGGGGCACGCAGCAGGGAGUGGUGCUCGAGCGGCUCGAGAAGGUCGACGACCCGGCGGCUCGUGAUCUCGUCGACAAGCUGCUGCGGCGCGAGCCGUCGGCGCGGCUGUCGGUCAAGGGUGCUCUCGAGCACCCCUUCUUCCACCCGAAGAGCGGCGACACCGAGAUCGUGGAGAGCUUGCGGCGGAUGGACUUGAAGAUCGACCAGGUGGGCUCGAAGAUCGACCAGGUGCACUUGAAGAUCGACCAGGUGUUGCUCAAGCUCGCGGUGCAGUUCGAGGUACUCGGCACGCUGCUGCGCGGCGUCGACACGAUCGCACCUAAGCUCAUCUGCUUCUUGCCCGCGGCCGUCUUCAGCAAGGGUUCGGGUAUGCGGGCGAAGCUCAAGGCCCUGACUCCGAAGAACUGGUUCAAGCAGACGGUGCGCGUCUUCUUUUUCGACCCGAUCCGCAUGUCGCUCGCGCCGACCAACGCGGGCGAGGGCUUCGAGCUCACGUUCCCCAAGGAGUGGCUGGUGAAGGCGAUGCCGUACGUCAAGCUUGGGCUCGCGACGCUCAAAUUUGCGUACGUCGCUGGCCGACUGGCGGGCUUCCCUGUGCCCGACGUGGCUAGCGUCGUUGGCGACUGGAUCGAUGGGCAGCUCGGCGCGCUCGACAAGCUUGCCUGCGAGGCCAAGACGUGGCUGAGCGAACAGACCAACGACCCGGCUUUCGCCGAGAAGCUGCUCGGCAUGUUGGAUGAUAACGCGCGCAAGGCCGUCGCGAAAGAGAUUGACGGUAUUAAGCCGCUCGGGGGCGACGCGCUUGGCGAUAAGCUGACGGUGCCGCUCAAGAAGUCAUUCGACGAGCUCGAUGCGCUUCUGGGCCCCAAAUACGGCAAGUGGAAGGAGAAGUGCGGCCUCGUGCUCGCCGGCCCGAGCGAGAAGGACGGGCGGAGCGAGUAUGUGCUCGAGGCUGACAAGGAUGCGUUCAUGGAGAUGGGCGCCGCUCUGCUCUCAUCCUCGGAGGAGUUACUGCCGCUGCCAUCUCCUGCAGCUGCAGGAGGGGCAGCGUCUGCGGUCCAGAGCACGCCCCGCAAGACGGUAAGCUUCCUGCGGCGCAAACGAUAG